AUGGAAGGCAGUACGGAGUACAGCAAGCAACAGCAACAGUCAUUCCUUGAUAUGACGAUCCCAACCCCCCCACAGCAGCAGCACCAGCAGCAGCUACAGUUCGAAAGCACCGUUUCGCUCCAAAGCGGAUUGUUCCCAAGAGCCAAGACAACGGGUAUCAUCAUUACUCCACGAGCUGCUAUACUUUCAUUUCCACAACUACACAAAUUUUAUUUGCAAUCCAUCUCUCUCCCAAGGCUUCUUUCGGGGUUUCCACGCCAGUCUUACCACCGCUACGGUACCCAUCCCGAGUUAAUCCCAAGUGGGGGGUUGCUUCGUCAAGCGCGAAACAGAUGGGGAAAGAAAGCAGCUUUUUUAGUGAGGGGCAACUUGCAAGAGUGUGUCAAAACGUCACUGUGGGAGUCUGGCCGGUGCCGGAAGGAUUUUUGGGGAAGAGCCCGAAGGGGAGGGACGAAAGGGCUGAAGCCCAAAGUCCAAGUGCAGAGGGGACGGACGGGAGCGAACAAGCAAAAAGGAAGCAAAAAAAAUGGCCAAGCUCUGAAUUGGAAUCCCCGUCACCUCCUGCCCCCCGUCCGUCCACUCCAUUCCUCAUCUACCUGGUCCAAGCUGCCUUACCUCGUCCUCACAUUCAAAGACCUUGCCAGCUUGCCUACCUACCUCAAGGCUCCCUUCUCAAGCUCCUCCUCACAUGAGCUCACAUGA